GUAAAGGUACUGCACCGCAGGACACACACCGACGUCAGCUCGGUAUCCCGAUUAGCGCUGGUGCUACGUUAUCUGCUGGGGACAGGGCAUAAAAAGGCAAAGAUCGCAGUCCGGAUACUCACUACGGUCCCCCGCAAAGCUCACUCAAGGCGCCUUCCUUCCGGUGACACCAGAACGCACUACUCUUCUCUCCCAAACCCUCAUAUGGCAUCUUAUUCGCGGCAGGACAGAGUCACGGCCGAGGGUUGGUCGCAACCUCAUUUUAAUUCUGCGCUUCAGCUGGAAGAGGAGUGCACUUAUCUGUUGCAGUCUCAGCCAGCCUCUCGGGACAUGAUCCCCCAAUACCUUCCACUUUCAAUCCCAGAUCUCAAUACUACGCUGUGGGAUGCGGCUUCCUCGACCUUUGGGUCUUCACCUGCCCAAACGCAAUCAUCUCCCACAUUCUCUCGAGGCAGUCCUGCCACUGAUCAAUCGCCAUAUCGACCUCAGUAUCCUGCCGAUUUCAACUCAUCUAACCUCCCUCAUGGCAAUGCAUCUAUGCAUCCUCCAGUCACCGUGAACGAAUCAACCCCGACGUACAUGCCUCCUGGCCCUAUGCAGUUCCCACUUUCGCAGCCACUCCCGCAUCGUCAGUCCGACUUGCGGGCUCGUUUGUUUGGGGCCAAAGGCACAACUCAACCAAGCAAACGGCCAAGACCAGCAGAUGACGAUGAUGAUGGUGCCGAUUCCUCUAAUGAACAUGAGAACUCUGCCAAACAAAAGCCGAAUAGUGCGUGCAGCCGCUGCAGGGGCUUGAAGGUCCGAUGUGAAUUUGUUGGAGAUAACGACGUGACUUGCAAGCGUUGCGCGCAAGCCAAUAUGGAAUGUGUCAUACCGGACCGAAAACCUCGUCGCCGUCCUCCUAAACGAGAGGUAUUGCUCAAGCAAAUUCGCGAACAAGCUUCCCAAAUUGUAGAACUUAUGGCAAAACUGGAGCGAUCAAAUCAAUCCGCAGGUAAUUCUCAAGCGGUGGUCAGCCCUUCGCAGUCACAAUCACCUCCUGCUACGGCAAUAGACACCAAUGCGGUGGACGUCGUACCGAAACAAGAAGUACAAGACUGGAUUUCAAAGGCUAGAGAAUCAUUGCGGACUUUUGGUGGGCUGAUACCUGCUCCUAGCCCUACUAUUAUACAUCGAGGCAAUGGCCACGCUUCCACCGAUGGCGAAGAUGACGAAGAUUUUCCAAACGAUUCCGAAUAUGACACCGCGGAAGACGAUUGGCCUAAAGAUGGGGGGUCACCCGCACACUCCAUCAAAAAGAAGGAUGUAUCUGCUCCACAACUCAUCCCUAAUGAAGAAGCCCCUUACGGCCUUAUGGCUCGUAUGUCGAUCAAGGCAGGUGCUAGACAGAAGAGCGCGGAACCCGAGUCUUCCGAUGCAGUGGGAGUUGCGAAUGCAGAUUUCUUCAGGCCUAGCCCUGGCCCAGACCCUAUACGUACAAGUGAACUUUCCCAUAACGUGCGACUUCCUCACAUCCUGGCCCGCGGCAUUAUUACAGUGCACGAUGCGGACGCAUUUUUUGAUACAUACUUUCAGAAGAUGAACCCGUCCGUAUCAUUACUAGACCGUUACCUUCAUACCCCUCAGUAUGUCGCCAUGCACAGUCCCUUCCUCUUCACUGUCGUGUGUGCGACUGCGUCACGAUUCGACACGAAGAGACCAGAGCUUUAUGGACAAUUGAUGCAGUAUGCUCAACUUGCAGCUGGCACGGCACUCAUAUCAGGCCCGAAAAAUGAGGAGAUGUGUGCUGCGUACAUGAUCAUGCAGUUAUACCCGGUGCCUUCGAAACAUUGGGAAGAAGAUCGGGGAUGGAUAUAUCUUGGCGUUGCCAUCCGAAUUGCUCAGGACAUACACCUGAAUCGCCCCGUGACUACAAAACCCCUUAACGAACAUCACGCACGUCGUCUCCUCAGUCGUACACGGAUCUGGUUGAAUUGUUUUAACUUGGAUCGGUCCACGGGUACUCAGUAUGGCAAGCGGGCGAUCAUCCCGAAUUCGGACUACGUCGCUCGACACUGUGAUAUGUGGUGGCAAUCGUCGCCGUAUAAUCUCAGGGGAUUUGAUGUCCAAACAUGCAUAUAUAACAUGGAGCUGAGGUUAAUGGCGGAUUUCAUGGCGAAGAUAUAUAGUGACCCAACCCAUCCAAUGGGAUUGAACAAGAGCGCAAAUUUCACGCAGAUCGCAAGCGAGACAGACGACAAACUUCGUCAUUUCGGAGAGGAAUGGUUUCCGCUCUUGGAUGAAUUCGAUAGGGAGAGCUCGGAGUCGUGGUUCCGAUCUCAGUUGCUCAAGAUGGCUUUUGCAUACCAGCGGCUGGUGGCACUCUCAGCUGGACUUAGAUACGCGAAGGAAGAAGAGAUAGGCGAGAAUUCGUUCUUAUUGAGGUGCUUGGAAGCCGCGUCGGAUGUAGUCAAUGCAUUUGUGCGCCGAUUGUUUGUUACUUCCGAGCAAAAAGUCUAUCUCCGACAUGCACCUGAAGGACAAUUCGUAUUUGUGACGUUCGCAGGAGCUUUCCUCAUUAAGCUUCUCCAACCCAAGUGGCUAUUCGAUGAAAGACAUGCACCGAUGUUGUACUCCCGGUUCCUGGCUGGAUUGUUGACGAACAUGGCUGUGGAUGCACCCUCUGGAGCUGGAGACGGCAACAGUGUCAAUACUUCGACGAGCGGUGCAACUCUUACCAAGAGGCCCAGCACGAAGGCAAGAGGAAAAGGAACUGGUGCCAUGGGAUCAAGUCCGAACCUGAGCUUUGGCUUGGCUUCGAGUUCGAGUCCGGGGUACACCUCGAGCGUGGGGCCUGUCCCUUCAUCGGCAACCACAACAACAAGCGGCCCGACCACUUCUCCGGGGAGCUCGCGAUUCUCUGAGUCGCCUUCCCCGUCGUCUCAAUCGCCCUCAUCGGCCUUGCGCAACACCGCGCACCAACAGCAGCUCUAUCCAUAUCAAAACACGGCGUUGACAUCAAUGCUGUUUGAAGGAAGUCAAAACCCGGGUGGUGAAGGUGGGAUCAGCUCGUCAGAUUUCUUCCAAAGCCCGAUGCCCAUCGACGCGGAGAUGUUGCAAUCGAUGCAGUUCGUGACCAAUCCGGAAUGGCAGGUGCCAGGGUUCAACUGGAUGAUGAACCAAUAUGAUAGCAAUGGAUACUCGGCGAAUGACUACGCGUUGUUCGAAUCACAGCAAUUUUGAUCAGUCCAGUACUGAGAUGGAAAAAGAAAAGGUCUUUCUACUUUUCAUUCCAAUAUAAUUCUUCUCGAGUGUUGUCCUUGGGCGGGCCACCAUCGGCUGUCCCAACUGGUGAUCUUUUCUACACUGAUGCUUUGCCGCAGCACUCGUUGUGUAUGUAUGGUUAUUUCCGUCUUCUCAUGGCUUUCGAUGUUGUCAUAAUGUUUGUUGAUUUGUCUGUCUCAAAUAUACGCUCUCGUCCCUGUGUAUUGCAGGCUACCCACACAGGGAAGAAUUAAUACAUAUGUAUACUUAUGUAUGAGGAAUAGGGUUGAACACUUUUAUUUAAGGCUCUCAGGUGUUCUCGCUCAGCGCAACCUAGGGGGAGUGGGUACCUGCGGGAAUGAAAUAGUUCUGACUAGACAAGUGGUUAGUGUUGGCUGAACCUUUACGAGCGGGCUGCUGCAGUACUGUUCUGAACGCAACCUGCCCAUACAUACUUCAAGUUAUG